AAAAAAUAUAUGUAAAGCGAGCGCAGUAGGUGUGUUUUACAUACAAAUUUCCAGCUAGCACGCAUCAUUUGUUGUCUCUCUAUGUAGAAUUUUUAUACAACUCUUUAGUACAUAUCUUUUUACGCAUAUAUUCAAAUCCGUGGCCAGUCGAAUGGAGGAGGCUCAAGUGGGUAAACAAGUUCGAUUGCAGGACUUGCCGGCUGAUGUGCUGCAUAUGGUCAUGGGCCAUUUGGACCUAUAUCACCACAAGUUGCUGCGGGAAACUUCGGAGGAACUGAAGCAGAUCAGCACGGCGUACAUACUGCAUCAUCACAAGGCCUACGAGGUGGCCCAUUCGGAAGGACUCUCGGAGGAGCAGAGUAGCGCGAAAAGGAUCAUGCUGCAGGUCCUGCGCACGGCUAUUAGCUACUUUUCCGACGAGGACAGUGAAUCCUACGUGGCCAUCAGUCUACUGCACUUUCACUCUAAGGAGGCCGUUUUUUAUAAUGAAGCUGACCAUCUGGGCAAGUUCCUUGUCCAUUUCCUGAUCCUCAAUGAGCAAGCCUUCAACGUAUUCAGUGCUGAGAGACUGAAACUUAAGCGCCUCCAUUACACAAUGGCAAUUUUCGGCCUAUUGCGACAAUUUCGAAAUUUUAGGAUCCUGGGAUUCGGCAAGACCUUUUGGCACUGGAACGUGGAGGUCGAAUUGAGCCACACCUUCAUCGGUGUCAUUGAAGAAGCAAAGGCCAGCUUCAAUACUGUGGAGUCCCAACGACGCAUCUACUUCAUCUCCAUUCUGGCCGAGCUGCUCUUCCACGAGAAGAGCAACCAGAACUAUGGUGGACAGAGGGGCUUGGAAGGCACUUUGUACACCUACAGUAUUCAGCCAAAUUCAAAAGCCAAGCGCACUCCUCGAAUGUUUAUAAAGUUUAUAGUGGAUGGUCCGCAGUUUCUACUUGAAUAUCUGAAGGACCUAAUCACCGGAGAGGAAGAUCCUCACAAUCCGUUCGUCUUGCCACCAGGAACAGACUUUGCCAUUCGAGUUGAGACCAGGUGCUUGAAAGGACCCCAGUUUGUAUAUUUCGGAAAUCUGAAUUUUAAUGUGUUAAGAUGGAGCGAACUAGUCGAAUGAAGAUGUAUCUGGACGAAAAUGCUAAACAAAUUAACGAUCCUGUAACAUUUAGUUCGUAUACAAGAUAUUUGACGUUUUAUAUACAAAAACUUAUUUAUUUUUGAUUGUCCAUGUAAACUACUGAUAAAAUUGAAAACCUAACAAGAGCGCAAAGAUAUAUUGGUGUUACAUAUAAAGAUAACAUACGCAUCUUCCAAUCUACCUAUGUAUGCAUUCUAUAAAUACAGUCUUAUCCGAUUUCAGAUAGAUUAUCGCAUUUCUUUUCGUGCUCUUUUGAAGCCUCUAUAAAACUUAACAAGUAACAUACAUAGCUUAAACUGAAUAUUUCUUUUGUUUA